AUGGCUGAAGUCAUCACCCUCAACCCUCAUGACAUCUUCAACGACUUUACUCAAGGAACAAAUGUCUUUCUCCGCAAGUCCCCCAAGACGCUGAUAAACUACAAACAAGUCCUUGGUGAUAAACCAGAUAAGGCUUUCGUUUUGAAUGAUCAGCAAUUUGCAAGUCUUCAACUCUACGUCAAGUCGGGCAUAAAGCUUCCAGCAACAUCGGAGCUGUUCCAGGCUGUGUAUCCGUACGCCAGUCUUAACAAAUGGCUCACAACUGAAGACGAUUACAAGCAAAUGCGCCUCGUUCUAGUCUCUGUCCAUCAACACUGCGAGGUCUUUCUUGCCCAAGGCAUCAAUCCCAUGAUCGGUCUCGCUCACGCCAUCGUUGAGUUUUCCAAGGAUACAGUAACGUAUCUCGAGGCACUCAAGGAGAACAUGGACAUUAUCUGCGACAAGUCAAUUCCUCCAUCCAGCGAGGAAUCGAUCGAGGCGAAAGAACACGCCAUAGAGAUCUUGGAUCUUCUGAAACAAGGCGGCAUGUCCGCAAGUAAGGAAGUCAGCAAGAUCAUCAAGGCUAUAGACACGUUCACGAGCAAGACCGACAGCGACGCUUCUGCGCUUUCCAACCUGCAGAAAACGCUUGACCUGACGUUCACCGAAAAGGACCUCGAAAACGUCAUGAUAAAGUACAUGUCCGACAUGCGGGCGUCGCUUCGAGUUCUGGUCAAAACACAGGAGAUGGCGACAUCGACCCACGAAUACGUCAACGGCAGGAAAUAUUACAAGAAGAUCCCUGGUACCGGCAGUUACGUGUUCAAGCAUAUGUCAUAUGACCUGGAAGAUGCGUUGCAGAAGUAUAAAGACGCCAAUAAACAGGUCAACGAGACUAUUGCUCAAGGUGACCACCGGAAAAUGAAGUUGCUCGAGUGCAUUGAUCAUGCUCGAGAACUGAUGGACAAGGUGGACAGUGUCAAGAAUCACAUUAAGGAGGCACGCGAGUCACUGAACAAUAUUAUGAACGGAAUGGGAUCCAUGCUUUCUUCGUGUAAGAGCCUCAUCGACAAGCUGAACAACGUCAACGGCCAGAUAAAGCCCGAAGCUCCUGGCAGUGAUUAUAUGACCAGACUCCACAUUGACACGGCUGUGCAAGCGUGGAAUGGGGUCUUGUCAUCUGCCCUUGCCUUUGCCGAGUAUGGUUUGAUCGAAGACGCCGACAUGGUUGACGUUCCCAAACCCAAGAUCCAGCCUACUAUUCUCGCAGCUCAUUAUGCCGGAAUCACUGUCACCGAACUGGCCAAGAUGCAGCUCAACUGGGGUGACAGGAUCGUCAUCCGCACAAACGACCUGGAGUUUCCGGUUCGUAUGGAAGGAAAGCCAAAAGCCCUCAGUAUUCUCUACCGGUUUGGCAACAACCCCGACUCCAUGCGAGUGUUUGUCUGCGAGACGGGGACGGGGCAGAUCCACACGAUUACUGCUGAUGAGGACAUCCCGGGUGUUUCAAAGCCUGUUAACAUCAAAAACGAUCAACUUGUUAUUCACUCAAUCGUCUACGGCCUCCGUCAGAUUAAUGACCAGCUUCCCUAUGAACUGAUUGCUCGUGCUGUUCAAAAGGAUGGCUUCAUCAUGGUCAAUAACGCGGUUCUUCGCGUUGACGCGCAUAAUGAUCCUUGGUAUGGGCAACUCAAGACAGUAGCGGUAUUUUACUCUAUGGGGGGCGUUUUUGGAUGUGCGUCAGGAACAGAGAAUGAAAUGGUUCCUUUUAUUGGCAACUAG